AGCGAGUUAGGAGUGACCAGUGAUAAGUGAUUAGUGAAGAGAGAGAAGUGAGGGGUAUCAAAUGGGUAGUGUGGAGUGAGAAGUCAAUAGUAAGGAGUGAGCAGUAAAAAGUGAAAAACGGGGAGUGGAAAUAAAGAAGGAAUGAACAGCGUUAAUUGAGAAGUAUGUAGUAAGUGAGGAGUUUGAUGAGUUCAGGAGUGGGAAGUGGGGAAAAAGUGAGAUAUUAAUAGCAUGAGUUAGUAUGAAAAACUAAAGAGCGUGGAGUGUGUAUGAGUUAGGAGUGUUUAUCAGUGAGGAGUGAGAAGUGAGUGGUAAGCAGUAAGGAAUGAGCCCGUUCCAAAAAUACCCAUUUUGUUUGGGAUUUCAAGAAUUAAAAACUUACGCGUUCCUCUAAAUUCAGUGACGAAUGUCAAUUCACUCGUUAUCCUGAUGAACGAGAGAAAAAAUAGUGUUGAUGUUCAAAUCGCGUUUUCUCAUGGGACAACUAUGCUGCAUGCAUUGGUUAUCGUAAAAAAAUCAAUAAUUCCUUCUUAGUAGCUGGUCACUAAUCACCAACCAUGGAAAGCGGAUUAGCUAUCAGACUAGAAAACUCACAUGUUUUCUACCCCACCGGAGUUAAAGCUAAACAUUUUCAGCCUUGGGUUUCAGCAGAUCAAUAGUUGUGUUCCAUGGAUACCAUUUCUCGUCAUAUUCCUACGUUCAUUUACUUGGAAUCAUUAGUAUCGAUGAGCUGAUACGCAACAAAUGGAGCGUUUAAUAUUUUUGGCCAGUAUAUUUACACGCUUAAAAUUGGAUUAGGAUCUGGCACCCUAGAGCAAAAUCGGCAUAAAAAUGGUCAGUUGCUCCACAAACUCUGCAAGUUCGGCACAGGACAUGCCGGGAUCAACACGCAAUCGAAAAGCGCCUCGGAGAUUGUAACCUAAGUACAAAGUGACUAGUGAACAUUUGCUGAGCGAGCACUUGCGAUGGCGGCGGCUUACUACGGUCCACCCGCGAACCUGUGGGGUCAUGGAGUGACAAACCUCACCGUUGUCGAUAAGGUUCCACCGGAGAUCAUGCACCUGGUCGAUCCUCAUUGGUAUCAGUUUCCACCGCUGAACCCGCUGUGGCACUCGAUCAUCGGAUUUGCCAUCUUCGUACUGGGAAUGAUUUCCACCAUCGGAAACGGGUUUGUGAUCUACAUCUUCUCCACGGAGAAGUCGCUGCGAACGCCGUCGAAUCUGUUCGUGGUCAACCUGGCUGUGUCGGACUUCCUGAUGAUGGCCACGAAUGCGACCACCAUGGUGUACAACUGUUGGUUCGAAACGUGGUCUCUGGGACUGUUGAUGUGCGAUCUGUACGCUUUUACCGGGUCGUUGUUCGGAUGCUGCUCGAUCUGGAGUAUGACCAUGAUCGCCAUGGAUCGGUACAACGUCAUCGUGAAGGGUUUGUCCGGUAAGCCGCUUACGAAUGCUGGGGCAAAUGUAAGGAUUGCGAUCUGCUGGACGAUUGGGAUUGUUUGGGGCAGUAUGCCGAUGUUGGGCUGGAAUCGGUAUGUGCCGGAAGGGAAUAUGACCGCUUGCGGAACGGAUUACCUUACGGACGAUUGGCUCAGCAAGUCGUAUAUCCUGUGUUACUCGUUUUGUGUGUAUUACGUUCCACUGUUCACCAUCAUCUACUGCUACGUUUACAUUGUUAAGGCUGUCACUGUACACGAGCGCACCAUGCGAGAGCAGGCGAAACGUAUGAACAUCCAAUCGCUUCGUCAAGGAGACGACGGUAAGGCCGCUGAAAUGAAACUGGCCAAAAUAGCACUGGUCACCAUUUCGCUAUGGUUCCUAGCCUGGACCCCGUACACUAUCAUCAACUACACGGGCGUGUUCAAAAUCGCAAACCUUACGCCCCUGGGCACCAUCUGGGGCUCGGUGUUCGCCAAGUGUAGUUCCGUGUACAAUCCGAUCGUGUACGGCAUCAGCCAUCCAAAGUAUCGGGCGGCGCUGGUCCGACGGUUCCCAGCGUUGGGAUGUAGCGAUGAUGCCACGACGGCCGGUGGUGGCGAUGAGAAGUCGAUGGCUUCGGGGGUGUCGGCAGUUAGUGGUGGGAUGGCGGAUGCGCCGACUGCAACAACGACCGCUUGAAAAGGGGUAAAGAAUGGA